AUGAGCGUGGAUGAGGACGCCCGCUGGUUGGAGUGGGUCACCCGACAGUUUGAAAGCAUCGCCGGCGACGACAAAGAGAUCGACCUCGACGAGUUUAAGACGGCGCUGAACGUCAAAGAGUCUUUCUUCGCAGAGCGGUUCUUCUCUCUCUUCGACUCUGACGGGAGUUCCUCCAUCAGUCUGGACGAGCUGCUGAAAGCUCUGAACCUCCUGAUCCACGGAGACGAGACCGACAAGCUCAAGUUCCUGUUCCAGGUUUAUGAUGUGGACGGAAGUGGUUCCAUUGAUCCUGACGAGCUGCGGACGGUUCUGAAGUCGUGUCUGCGUGAGAGCGCCAUCUCUCUGCCGGAGGAGAAGCUGGACGACUUGACGCUGGCGCUGUUCGAGUCCGCUGAUAAAGACAACAGCGGUUCCAUCACCUUCGAGGAGCUGAAAGCUGAGCUGGAGAACUUCCCCGAGGUCAUGGAGAACCUCACCAUCAGCGCUGCUAACUGGCUGAAGCCUCCUGAGUCGGAGCAGAAGCGGCGCCACACGCCGCGGUACCUGACUCGAGCGUACUGGCAGAACAACAGCCGGAAGCUUCUGUUCCUGUGUGCGUACGCCGGCCUCAGCCUGCUGCUGUUCAUUGGAGCCGUGCUGCAGCACAGCGACGGCGGCAUCUUCUACAUGCUGGCCAAAGGCUGCGGCCAGUGCCUCAACUUCAACUGCACCUUCAUCAUGGUGCUGAUGCUGCGCCGCUGUCUAACAUGGCUCAGAGUAACGUGGGUGGUCAGAAUUCUUCCUCUGGAUCAGAACAUCUUACUGCAUCAGAUCGUCGGUUACGCAAUCCUCUGCUACACACUGCUGCACACCACCGCACACGUGCUCAACUUCGUCCAGCUGUCGGAGCGGUCCGGGUUCAGCGUGUGGGAGUACCUGCUGACCACCCGACCCGGGAUCGGCUGGGUCCGAGGAACCGCCUCCCUGACCGGCGUGGUCCUGCAGCUCGCCAUCUGCCUCAUGGUGCUCUGCUCCAGCACCUUCGUGAGGCGCAGCGGACACUUCGAGGUGUUCUACUGGUCUCACCUGUCCUACGUGUGGGUCUGGUCCCUGCUGAUGGUCCACUGUGCCAACUUCUGGAAGUGGUUUGUGGUCCCGGGUCUGGUCUUCGUGCUGGAGAAGAUCGUGGGCGUGGCGGUCUCUCGGAUGGGGGGGCUUUACAUCGUGGAAGUGAACCUGCUGCCGUCCAAGGUGACCCACCUGGUGAUUAAGCGUCCUCAGUUCUUUCAUUUCAAACCUGGAGAUUACGUUUACAUCAACAUUCCUGAGAUCGCCAAAUACGAGUGGCACCCGUUCACCAUCAGCAGCGCCCCGGAGCAGCCAGACUCUCUAUGGCUCCACAUACGUUCUAUGGGUCAGUGGACCAACCGGCUGUUCGAGUACUUCAGAGAACCGGAGAACCAGAGUUUGAGUUCUAAGAGACUCACAACCAGCCUGAAGCACCGCAGACAGCUGGAGGCUCAGUUUGGUGAGAAUCACAGAUUCUGCAACAUAAAGUGCUACGUAGACGGACCGUACGGGACUCCGACCCGACAGAUAUUUGCCUCGGAGCACGCAGUCCUGAUCGGCGCCGGCAUCGGGAUCACACCCUUCGCCUCCAUCCUGCAGAGCAUCAUGUACAGAUAUCGUAGGAGAAAGCAGAACUGUCCUAACUGUAGCUACUCCUGGUGUGAGAACAUCAAAGACAGCGACAUGAAGUUACGCAAGGUGGACUUCAUCUGGAUCAACAGGGACCAGAAGUCUUUUGAAUGGUUCGUCAGCCUGUUGACCAAACUGGAGAUGGACCAGGCGGACGAGGAGCCGGAGGGACGCUUCCUGGAGAUGCACAUGUACAUGACGGCGGCGCUCAGUAAGAACGACAUGAAGGCGAUCGGGCUGCAGAUGGCGCUGGACCUGCUGGCCAAGAAGGAGAAAAGAGACUCCAUCACCGGUCUGAGGACGAGGACUCAACCUGGACGCCCGGAGUGGGGAAAGGUGUUUCAGAAAGUGUCGGAGGAGAACAAAGGGAAGGUCCACGUGUUUUACUGCGGCUCUCCUGCUCUCGCUAAAGUCAUCAAAGCUCAGUGUGAACACUUCAACUUCAACUUCUACAAGGAGAACUUCUGA